UUUUUAAUAUAAUAUUUUCGCUCGGCGUGUGAGUGGCCCUUACGCCGGCACUGAUAAUUUCUCGACCUACCCUCAUAAUACUUAUUAUUUCUUUAACGCUCUUCAGUUUAUUCGCAAAUUUAGAACCAAGAUGUCGCGUCCAUACAACGAAGAAUGGCAGAGACGGAAGUCCAUGCUAGUAAAAAGUUUAUUCUACGACUUACCGGUUCUGUCUCCUAUACCAGAAGAAUCGUUCUCAUCCAACAUAUUCCACACUCGGGACGUAUCUGACGCCCCCUCCCGCCCCUACAGCCCCCUCCCCCCACUCAUCAUAGAAAGGGAACCAGAUAGACACGAUGAACCAGAAGAAUAUUACAAAAAACUUCUCAAAAAAAUUAAAAGAAUUUAUAGAAAACUAUUCAUUGAAAAUAAAAGUAUUGACAGUGAUGAUUGUAAUAUAACUGGCUCUAUAGAUGACUUAACUGAUGAUGAUUUUAAUGAAAAUGAUGGGGCUGAUGUAGCAAUGGAUGUUACAAACGUUAUUCGUAAUGAUGUUGAUGAUUUCAAUGAAAAUUAUGCGUCAGAUGUUGAAAUGGACGUUACGGAUGUUAAUCAAGAUGAAUUAAGUACAAUCUCCCAUAUAACAAUCAAUUCUGACGGGUAUAACGCUGAUUUCGAAUCGAGUAAUGAGUCUGUAGAUGGCAAUUCGAAUGUUGUUGAGGGAGAAUCGAAUAAUCUUAUCGAUAAUCAUCAAGAAUCGGAAGAUGAAGAUAUGGAUGAAGAGAAAACAUUAGAAUCGAAUAAUGAGAAUAUAAAUCAUGAUGAUAUUUAUGAAUAUUCCAAUAAUAUAAACGGUUAUAAAGAAAUGAUUGACACAAGACAGUCAGACAAUAACACAAACGAAUCAAAUUCUAAAUCACAAGGAGAAACAGUUGAAACUAAUUCAAAUCCUAACCAAGAUAAAAUAACAGAUGUUUAUAUUCAAUCAAUGGAUAUUACAGGAGAAUCAAAUAAACAACUUAUAAAUGAAAAAGAAACGUCAAAUAAUUUAGAUAAAGGUCAUCAAAUCGAUGAAGCUAGUGGUCUUAAUAUGGAUAUAGGUGUAGAAGAAAGGGGAACUGCUCAGAUCAGUGAAGUAACAGCUGGUGAUGAGGUAAUAAGGGAUGAAGAAAUGGAUGUCAGGGAUGACGAAGCAGAUGAUACAUUUGAUACAGGUAUCGACUACCGACAAAUCACAACAGUAGCGUUGGUCCACGUGGACGGCGCCCAGCAGAACGUCGGUAGAGUGAGUCCCGUGUAUGAGACGGUGACCAGCCCCAUUCUACCACCAGGAGUGGUGAGAGGAGGAGAUAUCAGAGGUCAUGCAGUACUGGAAGACGUAAAUGAUCCAGAGAAAACCUCGUCUCACAAUGAAGCCUCCAGCUAUGAAAACAUAGAACAAAUGCGAACGCCAAGAACAGAACUAUCCAUAGACUCAAAUAAUAACAAUCAUUACAAUUCAAAUAUAAGUGACCAAAGUAAUAAGGAACAAAAUGAACCUCAAAUCGAAAAUAAUAACAAUUUACUUGAAGUUAACAAUUCUAAUGAAAUUAAUGAUGUUUUAACAUCUUUUAUUAAUAGUAGUCGAGAAAUGUCAUUGGUAACAAGAAAAAGAAAGAUGUAUGAAGAUAUUUCUUGCCAAACUAUUGGGAAAGUUUCGUGGGAUGAUGUCAAGGAAAACUUUUUUGUUGGUCCGCCUAAGAUUUUUAGGUUGUGCCGGUGUGUUGAUCAUGACUGUAGUCGAUAAAUUGAUAGACUAGUUCAGAUAGACAAACUCCAAUCAGUCGACGACUGGAUAACUGAUUGUAUCUGUUGAAAAUAUUAUGAAAAUUAUGUUUUCCCUCCUUUUAUGACAAUAAAUUAUGA